AAGAAAGUGAAGUGAAAGAAAUGAAUUUACGGGAUUAGGUCGCAACUCGCAUAGAUUUUUGGUUGAUUUCCUUUUCACUUUGCUUUAAUAUUCUAUAUAGCAUCUAAUAAACUAUAGUUUAUUUGUGUUUCUUGUUAUAUUUUGAUUCAACGAACUCGGUGCCGUAUCACCAAAAACAGGAUAGGUACAGAAGUGACCAGGCAUCUUAUUGAUUUUCUUACCUUGCAUAUGCUUUCAAGUAACGCGAAGUGCUGUUAUUAAAUCCACCAAGGAAUCUAUGAUCUGAUUUGCUUUUGUUAAUAUUUCCUAUCAAAAGUCACUGAUUUAGUGACAUUUCACCUUAUUCGGUGUAAAUAGAAAUCAUUAAAAAUGAUGGCAAACGCUCUCGACACCGUGAACGCAAACCAGCCCACGCAAAAUGGUAGUAAGGUGCAACCUAGCAAUAACGAGUCAAAAACGAAUCUAAUAGUGAAUUAUUUACCGCAAACGAUGACACAAGAAGAAAUACGAUCGCUGUUCUCGAGCGUCGGCGAAGUAGAAAGUUGCAAGCUAAUUAGAGACAAAGUGACUGUGUUCCCUGACCAUAUCUUGAACGGUCAGAGUCUUGGAUAUGCUUUCGUCAAUUAUCACAAGGCGGAGGACGCGGAGAAAGCUGUGAACACGCUGAAUGGCUUGAGAUUACAGAACAAAAUCAUUAAAGUCUCGUACGCCCGCCCCAGUUCUGAUGCUAUCAAAGGCGCUAACUUGUACGUGUCGGGUCUGCCGAAACACAUGACGCAGCAAGAACUGGAGAAACUCUUCAGUCCUUAUGGCACUAUCAUCAGCUCGCGGAUCCUGCAUGAAAAUGUGAACGUGAGUCACUUGUUACAAGUUGGAGGUGAUGACCAGUCCAUCCAGGGGCCGUCGAGAGGUGUAGCAUUCAUCAGGUAUGAUCAACGUUGCGAGGCUGAGGCAGCUAUACGUGAGUUGAAUGGAACUGUACCUCCAGGUGGUACGGGACCGAUGACAGUCAAGUGUGCUAACAACCCCAGUAAUCAGAAUAAGGCACUCGCUCCAUUGGCUGCAUACUUGGCUCCGACAUCCACUCGUCGCUUCCUUCCAGCUGGUAAGGCACUCCUAGCGAUCAACAAAGGUCUCCAAAGAUUUUCUCCCUUAGCUGAUCCCCUCAUACAAGGUAACGCGUUAGGUGGUUCAGGCUGGUGCAUCUUUGUGUACAAUAUCGGGGCUGAUACUGAGGAGAGUGUAUUGUGGCAGCUCUUUGGCCCGUUCGGUGCCGUCCAGAGUGUUAAAAUAAUAAGAGAUCCGACAACCAACAAAUGCAAAGGCUACGGUUUUGUCACCAUGACCAAUUAUGAUGAUGCAGUCGUUGCUAUUCAGUCACUGAAUGGAUACUCGCUCAAUGGCCAGGUGCUGCAGGUCAGCUUCAAAACGAACAAGAGUAAAUCUUAAACUAUUCAAAAUCUAGUCAAUAAAUUGUAGCUAAUACAAAAAUGUUGAUCAUUACCACGUCAUGGUUUGGCAUCGUCUUGAUUAAUGUUAGUACUGAGUAGAAAAUGGAUGCAAAUCAUGACAUUAUACCAGUUUGAACCAUAUUCGUUCAAAUAAGUACAAACUCAUCACAUUAAUAAUGUAUGAAACAAAUGCAAGUGAAUGGCAAAGUGUUUCAUUAUGACUUCAAUAUUUUACUUUUUUAAACAUAAUAAUCUUAAGUCAUUUGUAAUUAUUGAGUUAGCAAUAGAUAUCUGAAAGCAUUUUACUGCUGAUUUUUUUACUAAAAAAGACUAAUAAAAAGGUAUUAUUAAGCCAGUCAGAGGCUAAUAUUUAUUGCUAACUCAUACUCGGCUGUAUAUGAGAAUUUUCUGCAACAUAGUACAAAUAUUCAAUUUUUUUAUAUCCAAUUCCAAGUUUCAUAAGAGAGAUAAGUGUGAUCUUCCUUAAAUAUUUACUGUAUUUGCUAUUAAAAUUCUCAUUUACAGUUAGGUGCAGCUAUAGGAUAUACAAUAGGAGAAUACUAGCAGUUUAUAAUCUAUA